UGAAAGUAUCUCGGUAAUCUGCAGUGAACUCGGAUCUUCCCAUUCGGAACACGGAAAUGUUGUACUGGUUCCGGAGGAUCCGGAAACCGGCGAACUACCGCCGCCCAUUUCCAUCAUCCUGCAACCCGGACAGGAACAGUACAUCUGCUUCCUCGUCCAGGUCUCCAGCGGCGCCACCAUUAUUCUCAACGGCACAACGGGCAUGUUGACCGCGUUUAUCUCCUUUUCCGUCACGCAACCGAGCGAAGAGAACUUCGACCAAAAGAUAUCCGCAGCGGCUGGACAGAUGGAAACCUUGUACCUGACUCCGACGAUCAUCUCUUCUUAUGCCGGACCCAUUGUCGAGCAAGUACAGAUUUGUGUGACAUUGGCUGUUGGUUCCGCUGUCAAUGGUACCGAGGGCGCGACCGGAGAGACGACCUUCGUCGAAGGGCCCGUGGAAUGCGGCGCCGAAGAGCGUGACAUGCAGGACAACGAUGUGCUGACCAUCACCAGCCCGCGCUUCAACACCGUGACCAAUCAACCAGCCGGGUACCGCGGGGGCCUCAACUGUGUCUGGAAGAUCAACACGCCAGCAUGGACAACACUCGAACUGACCUUCAACUACUUUAAUCUCCGUGAGAACUUUGAUGAAGAACCCGGUUGGAACUGCCACGCACAGGAUAAACUCACGGUGGCCAGUCAGGGCGCCGUGGAACCCGGCGGGUACUUGUGCGCCCAGCGACCCAACGGAUAUCGGUUCCCGGUCACACGGGCGUUGAACCACACGUUCAUCACGUUCACUAGUUUGGAAGCCGCGACCAAAGAGUUUGGGUUCAGUGUGACGAUCAGGGCUAUUGGACGGCAUCGGCUGGAUUGCGAGGUGACGGAGAUCCAGCUGCAGAUGCAUAGGAAGUACCUUCCACGACAGAUGCCGGUUAAUCGGUAUCACCUGCUGGAUACCACAUGUCGGGCAACCGAUAAGGGUGCACUGAUUCAGAUGGUCACCGGUUAUUAUCAGUGCGGAACUAUUCGCAGUGGGAAUGACGAAAACCUUUAUUUUAUUAACCAAGCCAGCGCACCUGGUUUCCAAACCUGCUCCGGCUCUGCAGCCUGCAUCAACGUACCGGAAGUUGGCGUGCCAUUCCGUUGCAAACUCGAACGCAGAGUGAAACCGUUGAGUGGCGUGUAUAACCGUCUGCCAGGGUCCCGCAAUCUUUUCGACCUACCGUUCUUGGAGGGCGAAAUCAGCAUCGGCGUAAAGAUGAUGUUGGCUCGCGAUCUGAAUUUCGCUCCUGUUGAGACAGAGAACUCGGAUUUCCUGGAUUUCGAUUUUCAGGGACAGCGGGUAUACUUUAAAGUAGAGGCGCGACGCAAGCGCGGCAGCGCUGUGGCAUUUGUCGUACAGGCUGAUCAGUGCUGGAGUACUCCGACACCGGACUGGAACGACAAGCGCCGAUUUGAUAUCGUUCUUAACGGUUGCCCAGUGCAUUACGACGACAUUGACCUGGGCUUCGAGCGCCACUACUCUCAGGCCCACGAGGACGUGUUCAGCGUCCUAGCCGUCUAUUUCAACGAGACGGAGGCGCGGGAUCUGCAUUUCCACUGCAUUGCACGGGUUUGCAGCGUCGGUGUGGAUGAGUAUUUGUGCAGCAAAGACUGCGUGUGGCCCCCUGAUUUCUCUGUACUACGGCAGAGUGGUCCAGUUCUGGCACAGAAAACCGAAGCUGCUAUGCAACGGACGGCACAGCUGGGCCAUGUGCGCUUCCACGGCCGGCACCGACAUACUCAGGACGCAAUAUGACCGCUA